CUUUCAUCUACAAUGUAACCCCCUGAGUCAUCAUUUAUUAAAGCUGUCCUCAGCGGCGGACAAAAAUCCCCGUUGUCUCCCCCCUUUCCCUAUCCGCUUGAUUAGGGUUCCGAUUUCGGCCAGCCACGCGCUCAAGAGCUCCCUAUUUCCUCCUCAUUUGAUAGGGUUUGGGUUUAUAUUGGGGAUUUUGUCCUCAAUUUCGAUCGUCCGCAGCUCGAAUUGAACCAGAGGCUUGGAGUUUCUGAUUCUGGUCGAUAUUAGGGUUUCGAGAUGGCGAUACACGAGAGGAAGACGAUCGAUUUGGAGCAGGGAUGGAAGUUCAUGGAGAAGGGGAUCACCAAGCUGAAGAACAUCUUGGAGGGGUUGCCGGAGCCUCAGUUCAGCUCUGAGGAUUACAUGAUGCUCUACACGACUAUCUACAAUAUGUGCACUCAGAAGCCACCACAUGAUUACUCGCAGCAGCUAUAUGAGAAGUACAAGGAGUCGUUCGAAGAGUAUAUCAUGGCUACGGUGUUGCCUUCAUUGAGAGAGAAGCAUGAUGAGUUUAUGUUAAGGGAGCUUGUGAAGAGGUGGACAAAUCAUAAAAUUAUGGUCAGGUGGCUUUCACGAUUUUUCCAUUACCUUGACCGCUAUUUCAUUGCGCGAAGGUCGCUCCCUGCACUUAAUGAAGUUGGGCUCACUUGUUUCCGUGAUCUGGUCUAUAACGAGAUAAAUGGAAAAGUUAGAGAUGCUGUGAUCUCACUGAUUGACCAGGAGAGGGAGGGUGAACAGAUUGACAGAGCUUUGUUAAAGAAUGUCCUGGAUAUUUUCGUAGAAAUUGGUUUGGGGAGUAUGGAUUCUUAUGAGAAUGAUUUUGAAACAGUAAUGCUUAAUGAUACUGCAGCUUAUUAUUCACGGAAGGCUUCAAACUGGAUUCUUGAGGAUUCAUGUCCGGAUUAUAUGUUAAAGGCUGAGGAAUGCUUGAAGCGAGAGAAAGACAGGGUUGCUCAUUACUUGCAUUCUAGCAGUGAAGUCAAGUUGUUAGAGAAAGUGCAACAUGAGCUACUUUCUGUGUAUGCAAGUCAACUUCUUGAGAAAGAACAUUCUGGAUGUCAUGCAUUGCUUCGAGAUGACAAGGUGGAAGAUCUGUCCAGGAUGUAUCGGCUCUUCUGUAGAAUAACUCGUGGUUUAGACCCUGUUUCUCUAAUAUUUAAGCAGCAUGUUACAAGCGAAGGUACAGCCUUAGUCAAGCAAGCAGAAGAUGCUGCAAGCAAUAAGAAGGCAGAGAAAAGAGACGUGGUUGGUUUGCAAGAGCAGGUUUUUGUUAGAAAAGUCAUUGAGCUGCAUGACAAGUAUUUGGCCUAUGUGAAUGACUGCUUUCAGAAUCACUCCUUGUUUCACAAGGCACUUAAAGAGGCUUUUGAGAUUUUUUGCAACAAAGGUGUUGCUGGAAGCUCAAGUGCUGAGUUACUGGCUACUUUCUGUGAUAACAUACUGAAGAAGGGUGGAAGUGAGAAACUAAGUGACGAAGCCAUUGAAGAGACUCUUGAAAAGGUUGUUAAAUUGCUUGCAUAUAUUAGUGACAAGGAUCUAUAUGCCGAAUUUUAUAGGAAAAAGCUUGCUCGAAGGCUACUGUUUGACAAAAGCGCUAAUGACGACCAUGAGAGGAGUAUCUUAACAAAGCUGAAGCAGCAAUGUGGAGGGCAAUUCACAUCAAAAAUGGAGGGCAUGGUUACGGAUCUAACACUUGCAAGAGAAAACCAAUCAAGUUUCGAAGAGUAUCUGAACCAGAAUCCUCAAGCAAAUCCUGGAAUUGAUUUGACAGUUACUGUUUUGACUACUGGGUUCUGGCCAAGUUACAAAUCUUUUGAUCUCAACCUCCCAGAUGAGAUGGUUAAAUGUAUAGGAGUUUUCAAAGAGUUCUAUCAGACAAAAACCAAACACAGGAAGCUUACAUGGAUAUAUUCAUUGGGCACAUGCAACAUCAAUGGAAAGUUUGAAUCCAAGACGAUAGAGUUGGUUGUGACUACUUAUCAGGCUGCAGCAUUGCUUCUUUUCAAUUCCUCAGAUAGGUUGAGUUAUUCUGAGAUCAUGCAACAAUUGAACUUGUCAGAUGAUGAUGUUAUCAGGCUGCUUCAUUCUCUUUCAUGCGCAAAAUACAAGAUUCUUAAUAAAGAACCAAAUAACAAGUCUAUUACUCCAAAUGAUCAUUUUGAGUUCAAUUCCAAGUUUACUGACAAAAUGAGAAGGAUCAAGAUUCCCCUUCCACCUGUUGAUGAGAAGAAGAAAGUAAUUGAAGAUGUAGACAAAGACAGAAGAUAUGCAAUUGAUGCAUCAAUAGUCCGAAUUAUGAAAAGUCGGAAAGUUCUGGGUCACCAACAGCUAGUGAUGGAAUGUGUUGAGCAGCUCGGUCGUAUGUUCAAGCCUGACUUCAAGGCAAUCAAGAAAAGAAUAGAAGAUUUGAUCACCAGAGAUUACUUGGAAAGGGACAAGGACAACCCAAAUGUGUUCAGAUAUUUGGCCUGAUUAACAUCAAUUGGAGGUUUUCUUUAUGCUUCUUUUCAUCUGCCUUCGCCCCCUAGAUGCUACCAAUAAAGCAUAAUGCUUGGAAUGAUGAGCCGAGGGCUGUUCUGUGGAGGCUUUUCUGCUGCUAGGACGUGUUUGCUUGCAAAUGUGAAGUCGUGGGACCUUCAUGCACAUUUGUCACGAACCAGGUUUUAGGCAUAUUCAUACUCCAAGGAUCUCACAACCGGGGACUUAGGAUCCGUUCAAGUGCAGCUCGUUUUUUAUGCCCCUUUGCUAUUACUGAUUCCAGUAGGUUUUCUCUGCUGCCUAUUUGAUGUUGUGUUUAUAACGUAGUCCAGUUCAGUGGCCUAGUUGUCGACAUGCCCAUGCAUAAGAUUGUCUCCUGACCUUGCUCUUUUAUACGCUAAAUGCGACUUUGUAUCAUGUAUAUUUACUGCAGUAACAUACAGAGGUCUCUACCGCUUAACAUUGUUAUUUUGGUCGUCCGUUUGGGUUUUAUUUGUCUUGUCAGUUUUGGAAGUUUGUCUAGGAACCUGAAAGAUCUGUCUCUGUAAUAUUAGUUUAGUGCACCGAGAGCUUGUUGCGAAAUCCCGUACGUUGAGAUUCCUUUCGAGCAUAGCAUCUAGUUGGCAAUGCUUCAACGA